AUGUCGAUCUCGCGGCUUUGCUACCGCAGUGCGCUGACCUUCACCGAAAUGACGCUAUCGCUCGAGGAGGAGCUCGAGCGAAUCGUUGCCACGGCGCGCGCCAACAAUGCCCGGACGGGGCUGCGCGGUGCGCUGAUCAUGAAUGGCACCACCUUCUUCCAGGUUCUCGAAGGACCCGCCGACGCCCUCGAGGCAACCUUUUCCCGAAUCGAGGCUGACCGCCGCCAUCAUGACCUGACCGUGAUCGACCGCCGCACCGAUGUCGUGACACUGUUGCCGAACGCUCCACUGUUCUUCUGCGACACGCUGGAUGCUCACGACGGGGUUCUUGCCAGCCUCGCCAUGCCGAUCAUGCAGGCUCCGGAGCUGGUCUCGCACGAUGACCUCAUCUCGGUUUCCGUCUUUGCAUCCGCCCGCCUGUCCCGAUCGCACGAAGAUUCGCGCCUGUCCGUCCCCGUCUCGGGUUUCGACCAGACCGGCGCGGAGGUGGAAAUCAACGUGGUCACGGAGCGCGCUCUGACGCUCUACCUGAACUCGCAGGAGAUCGUCACGAUGAUGACGAUCGGCGACCGGCCGGACCUCCUGGCCGUAGGCUAUCUACUGAACCAGAACAUGCUGCGCGGGGAUGAUCGCAUCACCGGCAUCGACUACGACGAUGAUCUUGAGGUCGUGGUCGUGCGCACCGAGCGCGAAACCGACUAUGAGGACAAGCUGAAGAAGAAGGUGCGCACCUCGGGAUGCGCCCAGGGAACGGUCUUCGGCGACAUGAUGGAGCGCUUCGACGACAUCCGCCUGGAUCCGGACGCGCGGCUUCGCACAUCGGCCCUGUACAAGCUCACCCGUACGAUCAACACCGCGCCCUCGCUUUAUCUUGCAGCCGGCGCCAUUCACGGCUGCGUCCUGUGCCAGGAGGAUCGGGCGGUCGCCUACAUGGAGGAUGUCGGCCGGCACAAUGCGGUGGACAAGAUCGCCGGCUGGAUGUGGCUCGAGAACAUCGCGCCGCAGGACAAGGUCUUCUACACCACCGGUCGCCUGACAUCCGAGAUGGUCAUCAAGACAGCAAUGAUGGGUAUUCCCAUUCUCGUGUCGCGCUCGGGUUUCACCGCAUGGGGCGUGGAGCUUGCCCGCCGUGUCGGUCUGACGCUCAUCGGACGCGCUCGCGGAGGCCGAACCUGCUCGCAGCCGGCGAAAGGGUGCGACCUCGGGCAAGGAGAUGUCAUGACCGCUUCCGAUACCACAAUCGGUUGCAUCCUCGCGGGAGGGCUCGCGCGGCGCAUGGGUGGCGGCGACAAGCCGAUGCUUGUGCUUGAUGGCCGACCGAUCCUGAGCCACGUCGUUGACCGCUUGCGGCCGCAGGUGGACACGAUGAUGCUGAACGCCAAUGGCGACCCGGCACGGUUUUCGGACUUCGGCCUUCCCGUGGCGGCGGAUCCUGUUGGCGGCUUCGCCGGUCCCCUGGCGGGUGUUCUGGCGGGCCUGCGAUGGGCGCAGGAACAUCAGCCUCGCAUCGAGGGUAUCAUCUCGGUUGCCGGAGACACGCCCUUCUUCCCGACCGACCUGACAAAACGCCUUCUCGAUGCCAGGGCCGGCGAACGCGACCGGAUCGUUCUGGCCCGCUGUGGCGGACACAACCACCCCGUCUUCGGGUACUGGCCGCUUGCACACGCGGAUGCGCUCGACGCCUUCCUCCGGGAGGGCACGACCGGGAAGGUCCUGGCCUUCGUGGACAUGCAUCCCAAUGCCCGCGCCGAGUUCGAGGAAGACGGCCACGACCCGUUUUUCAACAUCAACACGCCGGAAGACCUGGCGCAGACCACCCUUGUGGAACGCCUCGUCGCCGAGUUGACCCGGCGCGGCCAUAGGGUCGCGACGGUGAAGAAAGCCCAUCACAACGUGGACGUGGACACGCCGGGAACCGACAGCCAUCGUCACCGCCUGGCCGGCGCCCGCGAGGUUGCGCUGGUAAGUUCGAAGCGCAUCGCCCUGAUGCGCGAACUCGGCGAAGACCCGGAGCCGACGCUCGAGGAGGUGCUCGACCGGCUUGCCCCAUGCGACGUUGUUCUCGUGGAAGGCUACAAGAAGUCCGGUCACCCCAAGAUCGAAGUGCGGCGAAAGGCGUCGGCGCGCGACGGCGCGCUUGAGGGCAGCGUACCGAACGUGCGCGCAAUCGCAGCCGAUCACGCUGUCGAAGCGACUGCCUUGCCGGUUUUCGAUAUCGACGACGUCACCGGGAUCGCGGACUUCAUCACGGACCUUUGCGCAUUGAACGACAAGGGAGACGACGCGGGUGCGCUGUCCAUCCUCAAGGAGCGUGUCACCUGCGUUGUCGGCCACGAGAGGAUCGCGCUUGCCGAAGCGAACGGUCGUGUUCUCGCGGAGACGGUGUCAGCUCCCCGCGAUGUCCCCCUGACCGACAACGCCGCCGUCGACGGGUAUGCCUUCCGGCAUGCCGACCUGCCUGCAGGCGGUGGCACUCUCCCGGUAAGCACCAGGAUCCCCGCCGGACAUCCGGCCACCUCCGCCCUUGUAUCGGGCACGGCGGCACGCAUCUUCACCGGAGCCGUCAUGCCGCAGGGCGCGGACAGUGUCGCAAUGCAGGAGGACUGCCGCGUUCACGACCAGGAUGGGGGACGGAGCGUUGAAAUCCCCGGCGGACUGAAAGCCGGAGCAAACAGGCGACGUGCCGGUGAGGACAUCGCGGCGGGAACCGAACUCCUUUCGCCCGGCACACGGCUGCGCCCCCAGGACCUUGCCGCCAUCGCCUCCACCGGCGCACCGGAAGCAACAGUCUUCCGCCGGCCCCGGAUUGCACUUGUUUCGACCGGCGACGAGAUACGUCGUCCCGGGGAGACGCUGCCCGACGGAGGCGUCUACGAUUCCAACCAUUUUCUGCUCCGGGCCCUUGCCGGCACGGCUGGCGCGGAGACGACCGAUCUCGGUGUGCUCAAGGACCGCGCGGACAGUCUGGCUGACGCGCUCUCCGGGGCCGCAAGUUCGCAUGACGUAAUCCUGACGACGGGCGGGGCCUCACGUGGCGAGGAAGAUCACCUUGUCGAGACACUCGACCGCCUCGGCAAGCGCCACAUGUGGCAACUGGCGAUCAAGCCGGGCCGGCCCAUGAGCUUCGGACAGAUUGGCGAUUGCGUCGUUCUGGGCCUACCGGGAAACCCCGUCGCCGCGAUGAUCUGCUUCCUGCUUUAUGCACGCCCGGUGAUCUCGGCGCUCGGGGGCGCGGGCUUCACCACGCCACGGCGCUUCCAGGUUCCCGCAGCCUUUCAGGUCGAUCGGAAGAAGCCGGAUCGGCGCGAGUUCUAUCGCGGCCGACUGGCGAGCGACGACCGUGGCAACACGGUGGUGGAGAAGUUCGAACGUGACGGCUCCGGGCUUAUCUCGGGAUUGCGCGCAGCGGACGGCCUCAUCGAAAUCCCCGAGGUCGCGACGGAAGUUGCCCGAACGCGAAGCCGUUCCACGAAAAAUCGAGGGACCACAGGGGAACAACACAUGCGUCUCAUGAAGAUUGCAGCAGUCGCGGCCAUGAUUUUCGGUGCCGUGAGCGGUGCGCAGGCCAAGGACUGGACCAAGGUGCGUAUCGGGACGGAGGGAGCCUAUCCCCCGUUCAACUAUCUGACUUCCGACGGCACGCUGACCGGCUUCGACGUGGAUAUCGCUAAGGCGCUUUGCGAGCAGAUGAAGGUUGAAUGCGAGUUCGUCACGCAGGACUGGAACGGCAUCAUCCAGGCCCUGAACGCUGGCAAGUUCGACGCCAUCAUCGCUUCCAUGUCGAUCACCGAGGAGCGCAAGAAGGAAGUCGAUUUCACCAACAAGUACUACAAUACGCCUCCGGCGAUCGCCGUCCCGAAGGACAGCGACAUCACCGAGGCGACCGCAGCCGCUCUCGACGGCAAGCUGCUGGGCGCCCAGUCUUCGACGACCCAUUCCAACUAUGCAGAGGCCAAGCUUCCCGACGCGGAGCUGAAGCUCUAUCCGACACCGGACGAGUACAAGCUCGACAUUUCCUCGGGCCGCCUCGAUGCGGUCAUCGAUGAUGUCGUGGUGCUGUCGGAGUGGCUGGGAACGGACGACGGCGCCUGCUGCAAGCUGCUGGGAACGCUCACACCGGAUCCCGUCAUCAAUGGUGAGGGUGUGGGCAUCGCCAUUCGCAAGGGCGAGGACGACCUGAAGGCCAUGUUCAACGACGCCAUCAAGGCGAUCCGCGAGAACGGCAAGUAUGCCGAGGUUCAGAAGAAGUACUUCGACUUCGACGUUUACGCGACCGGUUCCGGACCCGCAUGGUCCGGAACCGGUCCGGCCAACCGACCCGGCCCGAUGAACGAAGCACUCACACUCCUGUCCUUCGGCCCGAACGGCUGGGGCGACGAAAUCGCGUAUGGCGUGUUCGUCACUAUCAGCCUCGCGGUGGCCACGCUGCCGCUUGGUCUUUUGCUCGGGUUCCUGAUUGCACUUGCGAAGCAAUCCCCGGAACGCUCACUCAGGGCCGCCGCGGACAUCUACACCACGAUCUUUCGCGGUCUACCCGAGCUUCUGACACUGUUCCUCGUCUACUACGGCGUCCCGAUCCUGCUGAACCAGAUGGUCAGGAUCUUCAACCCGGAAGCCAGUCUCGACGUGAACUCCUUCGUCGCGGGGAUGGUGGCACUCGCGGUGGUGUUUUCCUCCUACGCCUCGGAAGCGUUUCUCUCGGCAUUUCGCGGCAUUCGGCAGGGUCAGUAUGAGGGCGGAUUCGCUCUCGGCCUGAACCGCUCGCAGACGAUGCGCCUCAUCAUCCUGCCGCAACUCAUCCGCCUUGCCCUUCCCGCGCUCGGCAAUCUCUGGCUGAUCCUGCUCAAGGAUACGGCACUGGUCUCCAUCGUCGGCCUCAACGAUCUCCUGCGCUGGACGGGUGUUGCCGCGCGCGUCGAAAAGGCGUCUCUGCCCCCUGCCCCGCCCCCUCCGGCACCCGCGCGGCGCUGGUCGGCCACGCGGAUCACCGGCAAUGUUCUGAUGGCGCUCUGGAUCGUCGCCGGCAUCUGGCUGCUGACCUAUCUGGGCGGCCGUAUCGGCGGGGACUUUCUGGCCAACUACUGGCAGCGCUAUGAGGACGGUGUCCUCACGACACUGAAGCUUGUCGGCGCCUCCAUGGUGAUCGGAGCGGUGAUCUCGAUUCCCGUAGCCCUGGCCCGGGCCUCGCGCAACGCUCUUCUCGCCGUGCCGGCCUUCGCCUACGUCUAUUUCUUUCGCGGCACACCACUCAUCGCCCAGACCUUCCUGAUCUAUUACGGUUCCGGCAGCUUCCAGCCGCUCCUGAAGGAUGCCGGACUGUGGUGGUUCUUUCGCGAUGCCUGGUACUGCGCGAUCUUCGCCUUUUCCCUGAACACCUCCGCUUAUCAGGCGGAAAUCCUGCGCGGCGCCAUCCGCAACAUAGACCGCGGUCAGUGGGAGGCGGCAAAGGCGCUGGGGCUCGGACGCCUUGUCACCCUGCGCAAGAUCAUCCUGCCCCAGGCCAUGAUCGUGGCGCUGAGGCCCUACGGCAACGAGCUGAUCCUGAUGAUCAAGGGCUCCGCCAUUGCCUCGAUCAUCACGAUCUACGACAUCAUGGGCGUGACGGGCCGGUCCUUCUCGCGCACCUACGACUUCCAGGCCUAUAUCUGGGCAGCCGUCCUCUACCUGUUGAUCGUGGAGACCCUGCGCCGGAUCUGGGACCAGUUGGAAAAGCGCCUGACCAGGCACCUUGUGCACCCUCGCAACGCGAAGAUUUCGCCCGCCUCCCGCCUUGCCCACGGUGGCGGUGGCAUCGAUCCGCAGACCGGAGCCGUGGUCCCGCCGAUCCAGACGGCAACGACCUUCGCACGCGACGAAAGCUAUCGGCUCACGAGCCCCUCGCACCUCUACUCACGCGACGACAAUGACCUGACCCGCCAGACCGAGGCAUUGAUCGCGGAUCUGGAGGGCGGCGCGGAGGCACGUCUCUUUGCCUCCGGCAUGGCAGCCAUUGCCGCGACGGUGCGCAUGGUUCGCCCCGAGCAAACGAUCCUCGUGCAGUCGGGCAUCUAUUGGGGAACCACCUUGUGGCUGCGCAAGCACUGCCAGCACGCAGGCAUCGCCCUGAUUGAGGCUGACGCGACCGACACGGAACGUUUCUGCGAAACAAUCAGCGAAAGCGGUCCUGCGCUGGUGCUGAUCGAGGUGCCGUCAAAUCCCUAUCUCGGCAUGGCGGACAUCGCCUCGAUUGCCAAGGUCGCCGGCAAUGCGGGGGCCGUGACCGCCGUGGACGCGACCGCCGCAACACCGAUUCUCAUGCGCCCGCUGGAGCUUGGUGCCGAUCUCGUUCUCCAUUCCGCGACCAAGGCCCUGAACGGUCAUUCGGAUGUUCUGGCCGGAGUCAUCUCCUGCCGCGACGCGGACAGCGAUGCCUGGAAGUUCAUCCGCGAGGAACGCCACGACGCCGGAGCGGUGCUGCCGGCCUUCGAAGCCUAUCUUCUGCUGCGCGGCCUGCGGACCCUCUCGCUCCGCAUCGAACGCAUGUGUUCGAAUGCCCAGGCGAUUGCCGAAGCGCUUCAGGCCCACCCAAUGGUCGAGACCGUCCUGUAUCCCGGACUGCCGACCCAUCCGGGGCAUUCUCUGGCGACCCGGCAGAUGCAUGACGGAUACGGCUACCUGAUGUCCUUCAUUACCAAGGGCAGCGCACAGGACGCACUUGGUGUCGUGGGACGGCUCAAGCUGAUCAAACGGGCCACCUCGCUCGGAGGCGUCGAAAGCCUGGUCGAGCACCGGCGCACGAUCGAGGGCGAUGCCAGUGGCAUUCCCGAGGGAUUGAUACGCCUGUCGGUCGGCAUCGAAAGCGCCGACGACCUGAUCGCCGACCUGAUGCAUGCACUGUCGCCUCUCGACGCGAAGCGCUCCCGAGGAGAUGAGUGGCUGGAUGAAGGCCUUCGAGGCAAUCGAGAUGCCAUCCCCGUUCCGGCUGGACGGGUCAUCGAAAACGCGGUCUCCGACGAGACUCCGGGCCGCGACCACGACGGUCGGUGUGUGCAUGAGUGCCUCGGCCUCCAGCCCGGGCCAUUCGCCGGAGCCGUAGCGAAGCGCCAGAUCGAUCCCCCCCGGCUGGAGAUCCACGAUCUCGCCCGUCGGGUUCAUGCUCAGCUCGAUCCCCGGGUGCAGAUGGCGAAACUCCGACAGGCGCGGCAUCAGCCAGUGCACGGCGAAGGAUGGCGUCAUCGUGACCUGAAGCGGACGCGCCUGCCCGGCCUGCGAAAGCUCAUCAACCGCUUUGCGGAUACCGCGAAAGGCCGUAUCGAGAUGCCCGGCGAGUUGCCUGCCUUCAUCGGUCAGGCAAACACCGCGCCCUUCCCGGCGCACCAGCCUGCACCCGAACCAGUCCUCCAGCGAGCGCACCUGCUGGCUGAUGGCGGCAUGACUGACGUUCAAACGGCGGCCGGCCGCCGAAAGCGUCCCCUCCUCCGCGACGGUCGCAAAAGCACGAAGUGCCGACAGCGGCGGCAGGAGCGCCGCACGGGGGAACGCGGGCACCCCGCCCGACCCCGCUUGAUGCGAAGCCCUUGCGCCGGUCCGCGGAACGGAUACGGCAAGGCGUCGGGUGACCUGACAUCAGAGGGCCGAUGCGCUAAACAGGUUGCAUUCAUCGGUCUUGGGGUCAUGGGGUAUCCGAUGGCCGGUCACCUGAAGACCCGCGGCGGACAUGACGUGACGGUCUACAACCGCACGGCCAAAAAGGCCGAGAAGUGGGUCUCGGAAUUCGGCGGAAGCCACGCGAAGACGCCGGCGGAAGCCGCCCGCGACUGCGACUUCGUCUUCUGCUGCGUCGGCAAUGACGAGGACUUGCGCGCCGUGACAACCGGUCCUGACGGUGCCUUCUCGACGAUCAAGCCCGGCGCGAUCUUCAUCGACAACACGACCGCUUCGGCCGAGGUCGCACGCGAACUUUCGGCCGCGGCGGCGGAAAAGGGCUUCGCCUUCCUCGACGCCCCGGUUUCCGGCGGUCAGGCCGGUGCCGAGAAUGGCGCCCUGACGGUCAUGGUCGGCGGCGACAACUCGACCUUCGACACUGCCAAACCCGUGAUCGACUGCUUUGCGAAGAUGGUUGGACUGAUGGGACCCUCGGGCGCCGGACAGCUCGCCAAGAUGGUCAACCAGAUCUGCAUCGCCGGUCUCGUUCAGGGCCUCUCCGAGGCGAUCCACUUCGCGAAAAGCGCCGAUCUCGACGUCGAGAAGGUGAUCGGCGUCAUCUCCAAGGGAGCCGCGCAGUCCUGGCAGAUGGAAAACCGCUGGGAAACCAUGCGUGACGGCAAGUUCGACUACGGCUUUGCCGUCGACUGGAUGCGCAAGGAUCUGGGCAUCUGCCUGAAGACCGCGAACGAGACCGGAGCCCGGCUUCCCGUGACCGCCCUGGUGGAUCAGUUCUAUGCCGAGGUCCAGGCCAUGGGCGGCAACCGCUGGGAUACAUCGAGCCUGAUCGCCCGGCUGGAAAACGCCAGCGCCAAAUAG